AUGGGAGGGAAGGAUGCGGAAAGCAAACAGCUCUUGCAGUUGUGCUCUGCAGAAAACCUCUGGCUGAAACAAAAACCAGAAGGUGUCUCAGAGCUCAGAGAAGCCUCCAGAGUCAGAAGAGGAACCAGGAUAGUGGAAUUUGCACCCUUGUUGGUGUCAUGGGAGCACAGGUUUCAGACUUUGGGGGCCCUGCAGUGGAUUCUCUCUUUCUUGAUCUUGGCCAUUCUCUGCAGUGUGGUCUUCAUAGGCCUCCUGUUCACAAGAUUCUGGAUCAUCAGUAUUCUGUAUGCAGUCUGGUGGUACCUAGAUCGAGCCAAGCCUUGGCAGGGGAGCAGGCACUUUGAUGUACUAAGGCGCUGUGUUGUAUGGAAGUACAUGAAGGACUAUUUCCCCAUCUCGCUGGUCAAGACUGCCGACCUGGACCCCUCCCGGAACUACCUUGCUGGCUACCACCCCCACGGGAUCACAGCUGUUGGAGCUUUUACCAACCUAUGCACGGAAGGCACUGGUUUUUCCUCACUGUUCCCUGGGAUCCGCUCACAUCUGAUGCUGCUGAACUUGUGGUUCUGUGCCCCCGUCUUCAGGGAUUAUAUCAUAAUAGGCGGGAUGGUAGCUGCAGACAAGGAGAGUGUUUCUCACAUUCUGAGCAGGGAAGGAGGUGGCAACCUGCUGGCCAUCCUUGUUGGGGGCGUCCAGGAGUCACUGGAGGCCAGGCCUGGAGCCUACAAGAUGGUGCUGCAGAACCGCAAGGGCUUCAUCAGGCUUGCCCUGAUGCACGGGGCAGAUCUGGUGCCAAUCUUCUCCUUUGGGGAGAAUGACAUACAUGACCAGGUUGAGAAUUCUCCUGGCACCUGGUUGCGCUGGUUCCAGGAUGGACUUCAGAAGAUCAUGGGAGGCUCUAUCCCGCUCUUUUAUGGCCGUGGAAUCUUCCAGUACAGCUUUGGUCUUAUGCCCUACCGCCGGCCCAUCACCACCGUGGUGGGGAAGCCCAUCAAGGUGCAGAAGACGCCACAUCCCUCCCAGGAAGAGGUGGACAGGCUGCACCAGUGCUACAUGCAGGAGCUGGAAAACCUCUUUGAAGCCCACAAGCUCAAGUACAACGUCCCCAGAGACCAACACUUGGAGUUCUACUGA